AUGCUCGCCACUUGGAAUGCUACCCUCGUUCUCAACCUUUCCCAGCCCACGCUGCCAAUCCUCACUCCAACCGGCAUGUUCGGCUCAUUCUUCGAGGACUUCCUCCACGCUGCUGACGGCGGCAUUUACGCUGAGAAAUUAUCCAACCGCGCACUCGGGUUCGGCCUCGCCGACACAGCAAGCGACGAGGGCUGGUACAGCGCUGGUGGCGACGUGACACGAGACGACUCUAUGCCUUUGAACGUUGCAGUGCCUCACGCGCUGUGGUUGCGUCCAAGCGACGGUUCCGACGCGGUCGCGAUCAACAAUGGAUUUCUGGCGGGUGGCUUUGCUGCGCAAAAGGGCGAGAAGCUGCGUCUCUCGCUCUGGGCAACAACACGCGGCUUUGAAAGCCACAACGGCUCGCUCACAGCGACGCUGCUUGACGGCGGCGCACCAAUCGGCAGCGUAGAGCUGCUGUGCGCAGGCAAGGCGCUGCCCCGCUGGCAGCAGCUCACUGCGACACUUGUCGCGAGCGAGGCGUGCGAGAGCUGCCGUUUGCGUCUCGUAGCGAGUGCCAGCGGCAGGGUCAGCGAGUCACGGCCGGCCGUCCUUCGCACGCCUGGCGGCUGCUACGUCGAGGGGGAUAAGCUCGCGAACGGCUGGGUGUGGAAGAGGACGCUGGGCCCGAUCGAGACCCGCCCCGGCCACUACAACGACGUUUGGCGCUACUGGACUGACGAUGGGAUCGGCAUGGCCUGCAUGUUCGAGCUCCUCCAGAUGGCGGACGACGUCGGCGCAAAGCCGCUGCUCGUCGUGAAUGCCGGCUGCUCAAAGAGAGGGCGCGCAGACGCUGGCCACCUCGGGCAUGUCCUUGCCACGUCCAUUCCACGUCCAUAUGGCAUGUCUGGCAGGCCUCACGACGAGAACGGGUACGCGGCCAACUUUGUGGCGAUCGCGAGCGCGGUGCGUGCGCGCCACCCGGCGCUCCCGCUCGUGGUUGGCUGCGAAACGCAGGCGCAGCUCGACGCAGUGCUCAAGGCGGAGCCGUCGAUUGCCACGCUCGCCAGCCUAGAUUGCGGAAGACGCGCGCCCCUGCUCGCCAACUUCUUCGACGUGCACCAGCGCCACGACCCGACAGCCAUGCUGCAGCACGCGCACGAGUUUGACGCUUAUCCACGCUCGGGCCAGCCGAAAGUCUUUGUCUCCGAGUACUCGUCGCCGCGAAAGCUCUUCCCAAACUCGACCACUCUCGGUGCGGCGGUGGCAGAGGCGGCCUACAUGGCCGGCAUCGAGGCGAACGGCGACGCACGUCCGGACGACCGGCACGGCUCGUCGGGUGUGUCGGCCAUCUCGAUCAGCUCCUCGUCGAGCUUCGGCAACCCAAGCUGGGCGGUGCAGAAGCUCUUCAUGGCACACCAGCCCGCAGGACUGCUACGGAGCAGCUUGAGUGUCUCUGGAGCAUCGUGCACCGCGUGGGCCAAUGGCGGCAGCUGCGUCGGCGAUGCCACGCCGAGCACGAUGCUUGCCGCGUCGGUCUCCUCCUCGGCCUCCGGUGAGGCGCAGGUCAAGCUCGUCAACUACGGGCCUCAGGCGGUGGCGCUGCGGGUGACGGGCAAAGGCGACGGGCAUAGCGGCGUCGGCCUCGCCACUCUCUCGUGGAUCUCGGGAGCGGAGGGCGACGUCAACUCGUUCGAGUACCCGCGCCGUGUGGGGGUACGGCGGCGGGCGGCCGACCCGGGGGAGUUCAAGCUCAGCCCGUGGAGGAGCCACAUCAGGAACCCGCUAAGCUUCAAGGACGCGCUUCGCAAGCUGGCUUCACGCGCUGACCUUGGCUUCGUGUCGCUGAGCAGCGAGCUGGGCAUCGUACACGACGUCUGCGCCGGUGCUGGGCGAGCAAACGGUAAGCACGUCCUCGCCCUGGGUCGGAAGACGGGCGCCAUCCGACUCAACUGCGCCCGAGACUACGUCUUCCCAAAGCGCGGCUGCUUCGCCGUCUCCGCCCGCCGCAUCCACGCCACCCCACAAGAGCAGUGGGCUGCCUACUACCGCACCUUUGCCGAGCAUCACGCGCCUGUGGUGCUGCGCGGCCGAACAUACGAAGGCGUGGACGGGCUCGAGCGAGUCUGGCCCUUGCUUUUCGGCUGCUACAACUCGACCGCGGCGGGACCGCACCCCGCGCACGGCACGCUCGAAUGCUAUGACGCUGAGUGA